AUGUCCUCCGUCGACAUCGAGCUCGUCGAGCGACGCACCGCUACCACAACAGCAACACCGACCCCGGAUGUGUCCGAAGGCGGCUACGGCUGGGUAGUGGUCCUCGGCUGCGCGGUCAUCACAUGGUGGUACCUGGGCAUAUCGUACAGCUGGGGCAUCGUCCAGGCCGCGCUCGUCCGCCGCGGCCUCGCCUCCCCGUCCACGCUGUCCUUCGUCGGCUCGUCCGCCGUCGCGUGCAUUUCGGGGCUUGCGGUCGUCAAUGCGCACAUGAUCCGCCACCUCGGGGCGCAGAGGACGGCACUGCUGGGGAUAACGAUGAUCGGGGUGGGGCAGCUGCUGAGUAGCUUCGCGAUUGGGGAUUGGGACGAGGUGCUCUCUGCUUCAUGGUCGUGUCCAUUACCCCCGCACAGUACUUCCACAACCGACGAGGUCUCGCGAACGGGAUCGUGUACGCGGCGGGGUGGACUUGGUGGGGUGGUCAACAGCUUCUUCAUCGACGCGCUGAUCGAAAAACUCGACCUGGGCUGGACGUUCCGCAUCCUCGGCAUCAUCACACUUGCCACCGGCAUCCCCGCUGCCCUGCUCGUAAAAGAGCGCACCCCCAUCCGCACAACGGGCUUCGUCGACCCCUCCCUAUUCCGCGACCCCAAAUUCAUCACGCUCUUCCUCGCGGGCGCAAUCGGCACCUUCCCGCUCUUCGUCCCGCCCUUCUUCCUGCCGCUCUACUCCGCCUCGCUGCACCUCUCCGCGCGGGCCGGCGCCGCCGCUGGUCGCGACGUUCAACUUCGCCUCCGCGCUCGGCCGGCUCACUUGUCGCCGCGGUGUUCGGGCCGGCGCGGCGUCGGCGUCGCGAUGGGCAUGACCGUGACGGGCUGGGUCGGCGGGUACCUCAUGGGCGCGCCGAUCGCGGGGUACCUGCUGAGCGCGUAUGGCGGGGGCGCGCAAGACGCGUCGCUCGAGGCGUACCACCCCGCCAUGUGGUAUGCGGGCUUGAUGGCGCUCGGCGCGGCGGGCCUCGUGUCGCUGCGGCGCUUCACGAGCAGCACGAAGCUGUUUGCGAAGAUCUGA